UCCGCUUGGUUCUUCACCCCUUCCAGGCCGGUUACACGCAAGGCCUCUUGGCUCCAGACUCCAGCAGGCCUCACAGGUUUAUGGAUCUGGACUAAAAGUUGGACUCUUUGGGUGUACUUUCACUUUUGUUGCUGAUCCGGUCGUGCGAGGCUGAAAGGCCUUGAGAGCCGCCACCAUGACUAAGGAGACUAAGUCGAAAAGCGUCACCAUCGACGAGAAGGCAGAUCUCGCGAUGGAGGAAGGAGAGUCCAAAGGCAAGGUUGAGAUGCCUAACUUGCCCAAGCCUCUGACACUGGAGGAGAAAAAGUUUCUCCUAGCUGUGGAGCGAGGUGACUGCCAAACCACGCGAAAGAUGUUACAGAAGGCUCAUAGGCAUGCUAACUACAUGAACAUGAAUUGCGUAGACCCUCUUGGGCGAGGCGCUCUCCACAUGGCCAUCUCCAACGAGAACCUGGAGAUGGUGGAGAUGUUGGUGGUGAUGGGGGUAGAGACGAGGGAUGCUCUACUCCACGCCAUCGACUCCGAGUUUGUGGAGGCUGUGGAAGUCCUGCUGGAGCACGAGGAGGUCAUCCACAAGGAUGGAGAGUCCUACUCUUGGGAAAAGGCAGACCGCAACACCUCCGCCUUCACGCCCGAGAUUACGCCUCUCAUCUUGGCCGCCCAUCGUGACAACUAUGAGAUCCUGAAAAUCCUUCUGGAUCGUGGAGCUAUGUUGCCCAUGCCCCACGACAUUAGGUGCGGCUGCCCCGACUGCAUCAAGACCUCCUCUGAGGACUCCCUCCGCCACUCCCGCUCUCGCAUCAACGCCUACCGCGCCCUCGCCUCGCCCUCCCUCAUCGCCCUGUCUUCCACCGACCCCAUCCUCACGGCCUUCGAGCUCUCCUGGGAACUGAAGAACCUGGCCAAUACCGAGCACGAGUUCAGGGCUGAGUACACGGAACUCCGUCGCAAGUGUAUGGGAUUCGCCGAGGAGCUGCUGAGUCACACUCGAUCCUCCACCGAGUUGGCUGUCAUCCUCAACCACGACCCUGAGUCUGUGGUUCCCUACGAGGACGGAGAGCACAUGAUGCUGCGCCGCCUCGAACUGGCCAUCGAUUAUAAGCAGAAGAAGUUCGUGGCCCACCCUAACAUUCAACAACUGCUGGCUGCCCUCUGGUACGAAGGUCUCCCAGGCUUCAGGAGGAAAGCCGUCAUUGAUAAGUGUCUGGAGAUUAUUAAGGUCGUGGCUCUGUUUCCCCUAUACUGUGUCCUCUACAUCCUUACUCCGGAUAGCCCUACUGGAGCACUUAUCCGAACUCCGUUUAUGAAGUUCCUUAUCCACUCUGCCUCCUAUCUCUUCUUCCUGCUUAUGUUGAUCUUGGUAUCGGUCCGCUUCGAAAACCUGGUGAUUUGGCUCUUCGGAACUGAGAAUAUGAGACGAAACUUAGAGGAAGCGAUGCGGAAACAGCGUGGAAACCUCCCGACGCCGACCGAGUGUCUUGUGGUGAUGUGGGUCUUCGGCUUUAUCUGGGAAGAGAUCAAGGAGAUCUAUCGCCACGGCCUGAGGAAGUACCUGCGGAACAUGUGGAACAUCUUGGAUAUCAUGCGAGACACCCUCUACAUCUGCACGCUGUUCCUCAGGAUCCUGGCUUACAUUCAGCAGUGGCAGGAGAUCACUCGGAAUCCUAAUGUGGCUUACAUCCCCCGCGAGGAAUGGAACAGCUUCGACCCGCAGCUGAUCUCCGAGGGUCUCUUCGCCGCCGCCAACAUCCUCUCCGCCCUCAAACUGGUCCACAUCUUCAGCAUCAACCCUUACCUCGGACCCCUGCAGAUCUCUCUCGGUCGAAUGGUCAUCGAUAUCGUCAAGUUCUUCUUCAUCUACACUUUGGUGCUCUUCGCCUUCGCUUGCGGUCUGACCCAGCUGCUGUGGUACUACAACGACCUGGAGAAGCAGAAGUGUUACUCCCUUCCCGGUGGCUUGGCUGACUGGAAGACUAACGGAGACGCUUGCAUGAAGUGGAGACGAUGGCAUAACCUCUUCGAAGCCUCACAGUCCCUCUUCUGGGCUGGCUUCGGCAUGGUCGGACUUGACGAUUUCGAGCUCACCGGCAUCCGCGAGUACACACGAUUCUGGUCCAUGCUUAUGUUCGGCUCAUACUCCGUGAUCAAUAUCAUUGUGUUGCUCAAUCUCCUCAUCGCUAUGAUGUCCAGUUCCUAUUCCUUCAUUGUUGAACACGCCGAUACGGAAUGGAAAUUCGCCCGCACCAAGCUGUGGAUGUCCUACUUCGAGGUGGGCAACACCCUGCCUCCUCCUUUCAACAUCCUCCCGACACCGAAGAGCUUCAUGAGGAUGUGUGGCAAGAACAGCCGCCAGGAGGAACUCGUUCGAAGGAUGUCGUCAAGGACCCACUCCCGCCGUCGCAAGGCCCGCGAUUACCGCUACCUGUCCGUCAUGCGCGCUCUCCUGUGGCGCUACGUGUGCUCGCUGCAACGCCGAAACGAAGAGCGCCCCAUCAACGAGGAUGACAUCAGCGAGGUCAAGGGUGACAUCUCGUCCCUGCGGUUCGAACUGAUUGACCUCUUCGGCGCCAACGGAAUGGAUGUCUCCUCUUGCGCUAAGAAGAGUCGGGCUGCCCUGGGCCGCAAGAUGCGCGUGUGGGAGCGACGGCUAAUGCGCGACUUCCACGUGUCUCCCGCCAUGGGCUCGGAGGAUCCCAACCGCGAGGUGAAGGAAGCCCCUGUCGAGGAGGGAGCCAACAGCCGGUUCAAACGCGUCGCCAAACUCGCCAUGGCCAACAAGCCCGCAGACCUGGCCAGUAUCGUGGAGGGAGCUGCUCGCGCGUCCCAGAUCGGCAUCGGCAACCAGGAGGGCCGCGAGAACCUGAAGGAAGCCAUAGAGAAGGCCCGACGCAGGAUGGAGGAGGGAACGCCCGACGGCUCCCCAGGGUCCUCCCGCGGAUGCUCGCCCUUCCCCGACCUGUACACCGGCCCUCAUCUCCUGGAUGCCAUCAAGAGCUUGGACCUGAGCCCCCACCAUUCUCCCGCCGAGACCCCCAUGCCUACCAUCGCAAAGGAUGGCCAAGCCAAGGACCUGACCAAACUGACGGUGCCCGGACGCCGCACGCCGACCUGCCUCAAGCGCACGGAGGGCUCCAGCAACGAGAACAUGAGCCUCGACGUCCCGACCAACGUGUUCUCGAAGGAUUCCAUCAAGAAGCUGAGCGGCCUGAAGAAGGCGGAGGUGGACAAGAAGGACGCCGCCCCCUCCAAGCCCGCCGUGUUGGUGACGAGCGUGUCCGAGACGAAGCCCCCCGCGCCAGUCAAGAAGGAGGACGCGAAGACGCAGAAGGAGAGCGCGCCGGCUCCCAAGGUAGCGGUGGCGCCGAGCCCGGGCAUGAUCAAGCCGAGCCAGAUUAAGGCAAGCGGUGUGCUUCCAACGAAGGACCAGGCCCCCGCCGCCGCGGCCAAGCCUGCCCCCGUGCGCAUCCCGCCGCCUGUGGCCGUCGGGCUGCGGCGCAUCGAGGGCGAGAGCGCCGUCCGCCGCCCCGUGGCGCCCCGCGUGCAGCAGGUGCAGCAGCAGCAGGCCUUCACCGGCUCGGAUGAGCUGGAGUCGGUGGACUUCGUGCGGCGCCCAUCGCGGCUUCCGCCCAAGCAGGAGCCCAAGGAGGACAUCCGCAAGUCCGUCACGCCCACCAUCGCCGUGACGCCGUCCACGCCCGCACCCACCGAGACGCCCGUGCCGCCCUCGCCGCCCGCGAAGAUGCCUUCCAAGUUUGCCAUCGACAAGACGCCGCCGCCCACGCCCAAGCCCGGUGACAAGGCCGCCGAGGACAAACCCGCCCCCGCCGCCGCCCCCAAGCCAGUCGCCAAGCCCACGGCCGCCACGCCAGCCGCGAAACCCGCUGAGAAAGCCGUAGAGAAGCCCGCUGCCCCGGCCGCCCCUGCCCCCGCCCCCGAGAAGCCCGCUGCCCCGGCUGCCCCGAAGCCCGAGGAGAAACCGGCCGCCGCCAAGCCCGAGGAGAAGCCGGCCGCCGCCAAGCCCGCGGAGAAGCCGGCUGCCGCCAAGCCCGAGGAGAAGAGCGACGCUAAGCCGGCCGCCGAGAAGCCGUCCGAGAAGGCUGCCGCCCCGAAGCCGCCGGGCGAGCAGAAGCCGGCCACGCCCCCGGCCGAGACGUUCAAGGGCAACUCGCCCACCAACCAGGCGGAGCCGCUGAUCCGCCACAGCCAGAAGACCGGCGGCGGAUGGCUCUGAUCGAACCACGAAGAAAAACAAACCAAAAACAAAUAUUUUAAAAAAUGAGAUAACAGGUAACGAAACAAAAAAUUAAAAAAUAUAUAUUUGAUAACACAUAUUUUCCUUGCUGUAUACACGUGGCUUCGGGAGCACCUCGUAUUGCAAUGGCCAAUUCGAGUGUAGCAAUACCUUGCAACCUUAUUUAAUCAUGAACAUGUAAUCAGUCAGGUGUUUUAAUAAGACUAAUUAGUUGCAUGUAUGAAUGACUUAAUUUGCAUAAAGGGUUUGGCUUUUAUUAUAUAGGCUUUGCUGAUGAUUAUGUAUGCGUACUGCACUUGAAUUCAUUAUUUUCUUGCGUUUUUGUGUACUUCUUAUACUAUUAUUGUAUUUUAAACUAGAACAAAAUAAUAUUUAUUAGUUAAAAAAAAACAAAAAAACAGGGGAAGAUUCGUGAUUAUAUUUCAUUAUGGUAAAUAUAGGAAAGUAUUGUAGCUUUUAAGAAUUGUAAUACUUAAGAAAAAAUGUAUUUUGUUUGGUUUAUUAUAUAUGCAAACAUUACCCCAAUUAAGCUGAAAAAAUAUAAAGGAUAUAAAAAUAUGCAAAAAAAAAAAAAAAAUUUAGCCUUUCAUAUUUAAGUUUCGUUUUAUUGUUCAUCAAACUUGCUAUUGUAUGUGAUAUCAUUGUUAUUAGCCUACGAAAAUAAAUAGAACAUAGUGAUAUAUUCUUAGCUCACCAUAAUGCUUAAAAAGUUUUGAAAGUGCUUAUACUCUGCAGGAUUACUUAGCUUGUAGUAUUUCUUGAUUUAUGAUAUAUAAAAAAAAAACACAAUAUAUACUAACCACAAAAUAUAGGUCAGUGGGGGGCUGUGGUUUUCUUAGGAGUGAUUAACAACGGAUCUAAUAGCCAAAUGAAGUUUAAAAAAAAAAAAAAAAGAUGUGAUUUGACUCAAGAUUUCAUAACACGGGAAAAAAAAUGUCUCGGUGGGAUACGGUCUAGUUUAAAUCUUAUUUUUCCCGUUACGAAAACUUGUUUUGGCUUUCUCUGUUACCAGUGUUCUGUCCAUUCAUUCUAGUUAAAAUAAAACAGUUCUCAUAACAGUUCCACA